ACACACACACACACACACACACACACACACACACACACACACACACACACACACACACACACACACACACACAGAGGAACAGACUUUGGGUUGGUAGCCUGAGAGCAGGAGUCACAUUUUGCACAGCGGUUCAUCUGGGAAGCUGACUUUCAGACACAGUAAUUUUUCUUCUCCAUGGUGGUAAUUAAUUAGUCUUUUUUCUUUUGAAUUAACAAACAAUAUCCAUUCUUUUUUUCUUCUGAUGUAAAUUAGCUGCCAAGACCCAGAAACUCUCUGACCUCUUGAUGUUCAGCUGUGCAGAUGAGAGAUGCAUGCUCCAAGAGGUGUGUGUGUUCCGGCAGUGUUUGUGUGUAUCAGUGUGUGAAUGUGAGAGAGAAAGAGAGCGAGACAUAGUCCAAGUCCCUAACACAGAGCAUGCCUCUGCGUCCGGCAGCCGGCAAGCAUGAGCUACCCAGCCCUCCUCGGCAGGACCACCAGCAGGAGCAGGAGCAGGAGCAGGAGCAGGAGCAGCAGCAGCAGCAGCAGCGCGCGCACACACAACCGCGCGUGCACGCACCACAGUGCGCGCACUCCUCUUACGCACACACCGCAAACGGCAGCCAGGGAGCCAGCACCGACAGCGGCGGCAGCUCCCUGGAAGAGGACAACGGCAGCGCCAGUAACGGUGACAACGGCAGCGGUGUUCCCGUUCCCGUCUUGCCGGCUUUCCUACCCGGUGCCACUGCACCCAUGGAGGAGCCCACGGGCAACACGGUCGUGAUCCGCAUCGGAAUUCCAGACCUGCAACAGACGAAAUGCAUGAAAUUCAACGUGGACGCUUCCAUCUGGCGCUCCAAGCAGCGGAUCUUGUGCACACUCAACCAGAGCCUAAAGGACGUGCUCAACUAUGGCUUGUUCCAGCCGGCAUACAAUGGCAAGGCUGGCAAGUUUCUGGAUGAGGAGCGACAGCUGAGGGAAUACCCCUUCCCAUCCAUCGCCCCCGUACCUUAUCUGGAGUUCCGCUACAAAAGACGUGUAUACACUCAGUCCUACCUGGAUGAGAAACAGCUAUCUAAGCUCCACACAAAGGCCAACCUGAAGAAGUUCAUGGAGUAUGUGCAGCAGAGGAGCAUUGAAAAGGUCUCCCGGUUUCUGGAAAAAGGCUUGGACCCCAAUUUCCACGAUCCCGACACAGGAGAAUGUCCUCUGACGCUGGCGGUGCAGCUGGAGGGAUGCGCAGAACUCAUCAAGGUGCUGAAGAGCGGCGGCGCUCACCUGGACUUCAGAACAAAGGACGGUAUCACUUCCCUGCACAAGGCAGUGCGCAGCAAGAACCACACGGCACUCAUCACGCUGUUAGACUUGGGCGCAUCUCCUGACUACAAGGACAGUCGGGGGCUAACUCCCCUCUACCACAGCUCUAUGGUGGGGGGAGAUCCUUACUGCUGUGAGCUGCUGCUUCACGACCAUGCGCAGGUCGGCUGCGUGGACGAGAACGGCUGGCAGGAGAUUCACCAGUCAUGCCGCUAUGGCCACGUGCAGCAUCUGGAACAUCUUCUGUUUUACGGAGCGGACAUGAGCGCCCAAAACGCUUCCGGGAACACGGCCCUGCAUGUGUGUGCACUCUACAACCAGGACAGCUGUGCUCGGGUUCUGCUCUUUCGGGGGGCCAACAAGGAGAUCAAGAACUACAACAGUCAGACUGCCUUUCAGGUGGCUAUUAUAGCAGGGAACUUUGAUCUGGCUGAAAUCAUAAAGGUCCACAAAGCAUCAGAUGUUGUGCCUUUCCGAGAGACGCCCUCCUACACCAACCGUCGCCGAGUGACGGGCCCCACCCCGUCCCCCCGCUCGCUGCUGCGCUCGGCAAGCGACAACAACCUCAACGGGAACGACGGUGCCCACGCAUUCCGGCAGAUGCCUCGAGAGUCUCGCGGACGCCAACAGGGUCAUUCCCCUGUGCCGUCGCUGCGUAGUCUGCCUGCCUUCGGACAGCAGCAGGGAGGCAGCCUUGGGGAGAGUCGUCAUGGUGACUUCCCCGACAGCAGCCUUCAGAGCACGGGCAGCUCCAGGUCCUCUCAUUCCCGGUCGCCUUCCUUGCAUCACUCGCAUGAUGACGACAGACCGGUACCCAGACGUUCCCACAGCCACGGCUAUCCCCAUGGACAUCGGGGAAGACUCAGCCCCGGCUCGGUGCAGCGAGACCCCAGCCCGCCUCAUCACACACCGCCGGCGCUAAUGAGUGCCCGCGGGCCCAAGCGGAAACUCUACAGCGCUGUCCCGGGUCGCACCUUCAUCGUGGUCAAGCCUUACACGCCGCAAGGGGAGGGGGAGAUACAACUCAAUCGGGGAGAGAGGGUCAAAGUGCUAAGCAUCGGAGAAGGAGGCUUUUGGGAAGGCAACGUCAAAGGGAGGACGGGCUGGUUUCCUGCCGACUGCGUGGAAGAAGUUCAGAUGAGGCAGUUUGACCCUCGGCUAGAGACUCGAGAGGACCGCACCAAAAGACUGUUCAGACACUACACUGUGGGAUCCUAUGACAACUUCACCUCAUACAGUGAUUACAUCAUAGAGGAGAAGAAUGCCGUCUUACAGAAGAGAGAAAAUGAGGGCUUUGGGUUUGUCCUGCGUGGAGCAAAAGCCGAGACCCCCAUCGAAGAGUUCACGCCAACCCCAGCGUUCCCCGCUUUGCAAUAUCUGGAGUCUGUCGACAUGGAGGGGGUGGCUUGGAGGGCUGGACUGAGGACGGGAGACUUUCUCAUCGAGGUGAACGGCGUGAACGUGGUGAAGGUCGGCCACAAGCAGGUGGUGUCGUUGAUCCGGCAAGGAGGGAACCGGCUGUUGAUGAAGGUGGUCUCUGUCACCCGUAAACCAGAGUCGGAGGAGGUUGUCCGCAAGAAAGCACCGCCACCCCCCAAAAGAGCCCCCAGCACCACGCUCACGCUGCGCUCCAAGUCCAUGACGGCCGAGCUGGAAGAAUUGGAGAGACUCGACGAGAUGCUGGCGUCGCAGGAGUCCAUGUUGCGUUCUCAGCCUCCGGAGGCAGAUUACAGAGCAGCCACCGUCAAACAGCGCCCCACCAGCAGAAGAAUAACACCAGCAGAGAUCAGUUCACUGUUUGAGCGACAAGGGAUGACGCUACAUGGAGGUUUUCAUCCAGCCAUGGAGAGGGAUCAUAUGGCACUACCUAAGGGUGUGGCCAGGACCAAGUCAUUUGGUGCCACUGAAGAGGCUCGGCUAUCUUCCCUGGAAGAUGAGAACCACUUCCCCCGCAGUUCCUCCAUGACAGACAGCCUCCGAGACCACCCGCAGCCUCAUCCCAUCCCACCUCCCCCACAAACAGCACCUCCUCCGCCUCCCUAUUACCUGGACACGGGACCUCCCCCAGCUUUCUGCCCACCGCCGCCUCCGUCGCGGACUCAGAGUCAGGGUCACGAAUCCGGGGGACACUCCAGCUUCAAGCCCUCCUCCCUGGACCUGCCCUACGAGGCUGCUCAUCGGCAGGCUGCGCAGAUAGAGAGACAGAAGAAAGCACGCUCCAUGAUCAUCCUGCAGGACUCUUCCCAUUUACCCGUGGAGCCUACAGAAAUCUCCCGACCUUCUGCUGCCACUCCACCCGAGCGAAUAAAACGGAAGGGGCGGAUUAUUGACAACCCCUACGCCAAUGUGGGCCAAUUCAGUAUUGGACUAUACACACCUACCAAGCCUCAGAGGAAGAAGAGCCCCCUGGUGAAGCAAUUACAGGUCGAGGAUGCACAAGAAAAAGGGAAUUUGGUCUUAGCAGCUGCCCACUCCCGGGAGAGCUCACCCUCAGGACAACCCCCGCACGGCCACACGCGCAUCAGCCGUGCAGACUACUACCAGCAGCAGCUGAUGGCUGAGCGGGAGCGUUUACGGGCCCAGGGUGAGGCCAUGUUUCAGGGUAAGGGGCCCUUUGCCGCCGCCAUAGCCGGAGCAGUGAAAGACCGGGAACGUCGCCUGGAGGAACGGCGACGAUCUACUGUCUUUCUCUCCGUCGGCACGAUGGAGGGGGCAUCCUCCGCCGGUACGGAGAUCCCCUCUCUGCCUCAGUCUCAUUCCAUCGAUGAGCGGAUACUCACCAGAGAGCUUGGCCAGCUGCCACCUCCUGCCUUGGCCUUGAGCCCCUCACCUAGUGGGACCACCUUUAUCCAUCCACUGACAGGAAAGCCCCUGGACCCCAACUCCCCUCUGGCUCUUGCGCUGGCCGCAAGAGAGAGGGCGCUGACCUCCCAGAGCCAAUCCCCAACUAGCAGCCCAGAGCCAUGGACUAAACAGGAACGGGUGGGGCAGGGCAUAAUAUUCCUUGACACUCAGACCAAAGAGUCCCCUCAUGGAGAGGGGCCACCCACAUCUUCUCCUUUUACAUCUCAAAGCUCCAAGGGAGUAGGGUCUGGCCUUGGAUCCACCCCAACUGUUUUAGUCCCUCAGCCCACCAAACUCCCUUGGUCACCAUCUAUUGUACCGUUCCACCAGGAGAUGGAGACCAGGAUUGAGGAGAGGAAAGACGACAAGACGCUAGAAGAUAAGAGCAUGUUGAUCAGUAUUAUGGACACGUCGCAGCAGAAAACAGCAGGGUUGAUUAUGGUCCAUGCGACCAGUAAUGGCCAGGCUGGUGGCGAGCUUGAACAGACAAGUGUCCCGACAUCCAAAGAGCCAAGCAAGACUUUAAGUCCAAGGACUAAGUCCCCGAGCCCCACAGUCCCUUUACCCCAGCUUCAAAGUCAGCGCGCUGCCAGUCCAGCUCUAGAGAAGGCUCUGGUUCAGGGAAGCUCGGAGGAGGACGCAGAUCCGUACACGGUGACGUUGCCCCCCGCCAUGCUGUCCUCCAGCGACGAGGAAACACGAGAGGAGCUGCGGAAAAUCGGUUUUGUACCACCACCUGAUGAGUUUGCGAACGGGCUACUGGCACAGGCUCAGGCAAAGGGUAUUUUACUCUCCCCAACCAAACCUUCUAUCCCUUCCCCCACUACCCCGCCAACACCCACUCCCCAAACACCCUCAACCCCGAUCACCCCAACUGUAACCCUCACCCAGCCUCAGCCUCCACCACAGCUUCCGCCUCCACCCAGCGCUCCUCUCAGUGUGGCAGCUGUCUCAGGAAAACCCUCGGAGCCCCCACCAGUGAGCGAGUCCGGCUCUGCAGCAGAUUCGGGUGUGGAGGAGGCUGACACGCGCAGCUCCAGCGAGCGGGAGAGAGACCACCACCUCGAGACCACCAGCACUGUCUCCACAGUUUCCAGCAUGUCCACGCUCUCCUCAGAAAGCGGCGAACCAGCCGACACACACACCACACACACUUCCUAUGCCGACGGGCAGACCUUUGUGCUCGACAAGCCGCCAGUGCCUCCGAAGCCCCGACUCAAGUCCCACAUAGGAGGCAGUAAAGGCCCCGUCACCUUCAGGGACCCUCUGCUGAAGCAGAGUUCUGACAGUGAGCUGCUAUCCCAGCAACAGGCCGCAGCGCUGGCUGCGGCGCUUGCCGGAGGUGCCGGGCUGCCCCCCGGCGGCUCGGCCUCUGUGACCGGACUAGCACCCACAAAGCCGCGCUACCUCUUCCAGCGGCGGUCCAAGCUAUGGGGGGACCCGGUGGAGCCUCGCGAACCAGGGGUGGGGCUCGGUAUUGGGAGUUUGGGCAACCUCGGUGGGCUGGGACUAGGGCUGGGUGCCGAUGAGGGGGCGAAACCCUCUGUAAUGGGGGAGCUCAGUUCGCGACUUCAGCAACUAAAUAAAGACACGCGGUCAUUGGGGGAGGAACCACUUGGAGCAUCACUCGAUCCUGGGAGGAAGUCUCCUGUAGCAGGUGCCAGACUUUUCAGCAGUCUAGGUGAACUCCACACCAUUUCUCAGAGAAGCUAUGGCACCACGUACACCAUCCGCCCCGGCAGCCGUUAUCCCGUCAUGCGACGCACCCCCAGCCCGGGCUCCCCCGACCGGGGCGACCCCCUCGCACGCUUCUCGGGCUACUCGCCGACCACGCCCCCUCCGACCAUCCUCAAAUCAUCCAGCCUCAGCCUACCGCAGGAGCCCAAGGAGGUCCGCUUCGUAAUGCGGAGCUCCAGCGCCCGCACCCGCUCCCGUUCGUCUUCACCGUCGCCCUCGCACUCGCCUGGUUUGGGCUCGCCGCUGCUGGCGCUCAGACCCUUCCACCAGAAGCCCCUGCACCUUUGGAACAAGUACGAUGUGGGCGACUGGUUGGAGAGCAUCAACCUGGGCGAGCACCGCGCCGGCUUCCAGGAGCACGAGAUCGAGGGCUCCCACCUGCCGGCGCUAACCAAGGACGACUUCGCCGAGCUUGGCGUGACGCGAGUGGGCCAUCGCAUGAACAUCGAGCGGGCGCUCAAGCAGCUGCUGGAGAGCUGACCCCAGCCCUGAGACCACACCCACAAUGGCGGCCGAGUGGAUGGAAAGGCAACAGCUCCUCUUUAAACCGGGCGGCGCCGAUGUUUGGCGUCAUGCGCCGAAAAGGAGGAGCCAGAAGCUUCAUCCUCCACAUCCCGGAGGAGAUGACGUCUCCAUGUUGUUGGGCUGUACCACACGUUAAGCCUUGUGUCAUUUUCAAUUGGCAAUCAAAAAUCAAAACUGAAAGAGUGACGGAUUUGUUUUUUCAUUUCACACAGAAAAUGCAAAAAAAAAAAAUUGUGUUUUAAUUGUUUGCUCAAAUCAAAAAUCAAAAUUUUGAAAAUGAACCAAAAGACUGAAUUUGAUUUUCAUAUUUAAUCAGUCAGGUUUUUAUGACAAGUGUGGCAAUGCGCUGCCACAAUCAUUACAGAUAACCACAAUCCUUCAACAAGUAAUAAAAUGGAUACACAUUCUGUAAUUAAAGCAAAAUUACUUGCAAAUCAGGAAGAACAUUUCCUACAAUAUACAGUUGUGACAAAACUAACCAAUUCAGGUUAAAAUAAAAUAAAAAGUAACAAUUCACUCCUUGGUUUUGCUUAAAUUAUUUCACAUAUUUCUAAUUUCAUACAAUUUUUGCAGGGCAUUUUUGCUUGAUGGAAUAUGAUUGUGAUCAGACUGAUUGAAGAAGCGCAACUUAUCUUUACUAAUGCGCUGUACCAAAAAUAUUAUUACAUAAACCUGACCAAUUAAAUAUUCAAAUAAAUUUCAGUCCUGUGGCCCUUUUAUUUAUUUUUUUUUUUUUUUUGAGUUUCCUGUUUUUGAUCAGAAGUUAAAAUUGAGUAAAGAAAAUUCACACUUUUUUUUCUUAAAUGAGCUGAACAAACAAUCACAGAGUCACCUUUUACUUCUGGGGAUUUCUAAUUGCCAAUUAAAAACAGAAAAAAGGAAUGAUACAUGGAUUGCCCUCCUCCCCUCUCUACCUCUUACCCCACCAUCUACCAGGCCAAGCCUUUUUGUGGUUUUCGAGUAAAGGAGGAACGAGUUCUCGCUCCAAUUAAGAAAAAAAAGCUCAGUUGCCUUUCAACAAUAUUUGUACAGAGAUCGACGAAAGCGGCGGCGAACACAAUGGACUACCACAACGUGUCUGCUCAAUAUCUGCUGUUGUUUUUGAAGAAAGCCCCAACAGGAGCAGCUUCACAGACCACAGGAGGAGCCUUGCUAUACCCAGACUGUGCUAUCCAUUCCUUUUGAAGAAUGUUUAACCAACACUCGUGGCUUUUUUCAUAAUCAUUUUUUUUUGGGUUUUCCAAAGGGAAUCUUUCAUAUGUACAGUGGAUAUAAAAAGUCGACACACCCCUGAUUGAAUGCCAAGUUUUUCUGAUGUAUAAAAAAAUAAUAAUAAUAAUCAGACCAAGAUAAAUUCAUUCAAACUUUUCCACCAUUAAUAUGACUUAUAACCUGUACAACAGAAUUGUUAGAAUACAUACAGAAGGUACUGGAACUUUAUUUGCGGUAAGUUGACGUGUGCCGAAAGUUUUGUUAAAUUCUGAAUACAGCCACAUCAGCAGUUACUUUAAGAAGGUAU